GUUGCUGGAAGAACAGAUCCAGAAUCAGAAAAGAGACUAUGAGGAGGAGCUAGAAAUUCUGCACAACAACUUGGAUGAAAUGAAAGAGGAGAUGAAGACGCAGCAUCAGACUUACCUGAGAAGCCUGAAUCUCUCCACAGAGAGCCACGUGGCGAAUGUACUUCAACAAGAAAUUGCACGUCUCACCGAUGAAAACCUGGAUCUUAGAGAGCUGUUAGAAAAGUUUGGAAAGAAUGAAAAGAAGCUGAAGAAGGAACUGGUGAUUUACAAGAAGAAGGUCCAAAAUCUUGAAGGUGACUCAGCUGAUAAAAGAAAUCAAGGUGAGGGAACUGCACUUGACAUGCAAGCUGCUAUCCAGAGAAAGGAGAAACAUUUUCAGGGCAUGUUGGAGUAUUCUAGAGACCAUGAGUCACUCCUUGUCAGAAAACUUGUUACAGAUCUCAAGCCCCAGACACUGUCUACUAGUGUUCCCUGCCUCCCUGCCUACAUAAUCUACAUGUGCGUCAGACACGCGGAUCACAUCUGCGAUGAACAGAAGGCACACUAUCUGCUUACCUCCACCAUCCACAGCAUCAAGCAGUUGCUGAGGAGAAACAGUGAUGACUUUGAGAUUGCUUCAUUUUGGCUGGCGAACGUAUGUCGCCUCCUGAACUGUCUGAAGCAAUACAGCGGAGACGAGUGUUACACAUCACAAAACACGCCAAAGCAGAAUGAGCAUUGCCUGCAGAACUUCGACCUGAGCGAGUACCGCCACAUGCUGAGGUAUCUCUCUGUCCAGAUCUACCAGCAGCUUGUUAGGGUGUCAAAGAGCACCCUACAACCCAUGAUCGUGUCUGCAGUGUUGGAAAAUGAGAGUAUCCAAGGGCUUUCUGGUGUCAGACCAAAAGGAUACAGAAGAUACAACUCCAGCGUGACAGAUUGUUCCUACACCUUGGACGAAAUGAUUCAGCAGCUGAACACAUUCCACAACAUGAUGUGUGACCAGGGCAUGGACCCAGAGAUUGUGCAGCAGAUGUUCAAGCAACUCUUCUACGUAAUCACCACGGUCUCCCUGAACAACCUCCUGCUGAGGAAGGAUGUCUGCUCCUGGAGAACGGGCAUGCAGCUGAGGUUUAACAUAAGCCUGCUGGAGGAAUGGCUGCGUGAGAAGAACCUGCAGCAGAGUGGAGCAGCAGAAACUCUGGAGCCCUUGAUUCAGGCAGCACAGCUGCUGCAGCUGAAAAAGAAAACCCCAGAAGACGCCGAGGCCAUCUGCUUCUUGUGCAAAGCGCUUACAACCAAGCAGAUUGUAAGGAUACUGAAUCACUACACUCCUGUGAACGAGUUUGAAGAACGUGUGACAGUAGCUUUCAUACAAAACGUGCAGGAGAACUUGCGGGAUCGGACUGAGUCUCCUCACCUGCUCUUAGACUUCAACCAUGUGUUCCCAGUCCUGUUCCAGUUCAACCCAUCCACCAUCAGCGUUGACUCUAUUCAUGUGCCUGCUUCUCUCAAGCUGGAUUUUCUCCAUAAAGUCUGA